AUGUACGUGGGAUGCGUGGGCAAGGACAAGCACGGCGAUCAAAUCCGCUCCGCCUCCGAGGCUGACGGCGUCACGAUGGAACUUGAGGUGAGCAGUGACAAGCGCAGCGGACUGUGUGCCGUUUGCAGGGACGGCAAUUCUCACACCCUUGUGGUCCACCCGUCGUCUGCCAGCUCCCUUAGCGACGGCUUUGUGAGCUCUGCUGCCGUUCAAGAAGGACAGCGCUCCGCAAAGAUCAUAUACACGACUGCGUACGCCAACGUCUUUCGUGUCCACCAGACCUUGCACCUGAUAACCAGCUCGCGGUGCCACACGCUGCCGGAUGGGUCCAAGCAGCUAGCGGCUAUGGGCCUCUCCAACAAGCGCGUGCUCGACGACUUCGGCGAGGACCUCGUAGACGUGCUCGAAAAACUCGACGUCAUUAUAGGCAACCAGGAGGAGAUGUACGAUCUUGCCAUGAUGCUGCAGUGGGUUCCAGGCGAGAUGUCCGACAUGGAGCUGGCCAAGAAAAUUGCGACGGAGAUGAUGUACGACCAGCACGGUGUGCGUCGUGUCAUCAUGACACGCGGGGCAGAGCCGAUCAUCUACGCCACCAGUGCGGGUGAGUCUGGUGAGGUUCCUGUGCUGGCCAACUGCGCCCACUCGGCAAAACUCGUGGCGACAGGCGCGGGUGAUGCUUUCGCCGGUGGUUUCCUUGCCGCCAUGGCAGCCAAGCCUGAUGACUUGGCUUUCUGCUGCCGGCUCGGCACUCAGGCAGCAACGUUCGUGAUUAAUCACAGCCUCAUAACCUUGCCGACGGACGAGGCGAGUCUCGCGGAGCUGCAGGCGUGA